AUGAAGAUGCUGGGCUUGUCAAUGAUGCUCCUAUAUAUUCCUUUCUUUGCGUGUGCAGAUACUGAAGUGGACGUGGUCCCGACGCAGAUUCACAAUCUCAAUGAAGACCUUGACUUGGUCUCAUUUCUCAACUCUAAAACCCAGAAACAUGAUGGCAUAUUUAGCGAGGCGCUCAAGAUACUCGAAUCUAUCAACUCAUCUUCAUCCUGUAACAAACUCGCUGCCACGAAGCUCGUUACAUCCUGCAAAUCUAUAGGGCGGAACCCUGAAACCCCGACCGAUUCUGAUACAUACCUGGCUCUGGAAUAUGUCCGAUCUCUGUACGCAGCGAGGCUGGCUAUAUGCGAGAUUAGCGGGGCUGGAAUAUCCAUUCCUUCACCAUGCCAGCCGAUGAACGUUUCGCCGACACCUCAAAAAACACGCUUCAGCUUCUAUACCAAGCAUAAUCCAAUAAUUGGCGACGAUGAUCCUGUGCGAAAGGAAGAUCUGGAGCCGUGUCUUAAGUCAUUAGAAUCACGCCCUCAGUGGUGGACAUCAUAUAGCAAUAGUAAACAGAAUGCCAUGGUCAUCUGCCAUGCCUCGAGAAGCGAGAUCGAGAAGGACAACAUCCUAGCGACAUACAAUACUAUCCUUCAUAGCUCUACCAAGCUGAGCGACGGUCUUAUGGAAGCGUUACGGGUUGCUGUUGAAGAGUCCGCCAAGGGUAGGGAUUUUAUGCGAUCAACUGAGCUUCUCAGAAAUGAGGCGCUACGAGAGAUGGAAGAAUCAACGUCAUCACUAGUAAGAAUGUCUCACAAAAUCGAGACACAUUUUAGCUCGUUCAUGGAGUCUAUCUCUUCAGCUCUGAACGCCGUUCAUAUUGGCUUCUCAGACAUACGAACGGACCUUCAAAAUUCGUCAAGUGAGGCCGUUUCCCUGCGGCACAUGCUACAGUAUAUUCACGACGAAUCGCUCCUGCGGAGCGAGCAAAUCGCCCUGACCCAGCGGCGGAAUGCCGAUGCUCAAGAUGAGCUUGCCUUAUCCCUGAGGUCGAAACUUCAAACCAUCGCGAGGGAUGAUAUGAGUAGACUCAGUGAAAGUAUGGGAACGCUUGAUUCCUCCCUGGAAUGGCUCUACAUGAGGAUGGGAGAUAUAAUCGAAAAAGAAGAGAGUUUCUCCGAGCGCCUUAAUAGUAUCGGAUUAUCUCUUGAAGAGUUCCAGCUUAGAGUCGACAGUUUGGGAAAAAUCCAGGAACGGCAGUACGAAAUUGCCGCAGCACAAGCCCAAGCACAAAAGGAGGUACAAACCGACAUUCGAAUCUCCAAGGGGAUUCUCGACCAGACAGUAUCAACAGCAGCCAACUUGCAAACAACCCUUGAAGAGUCAAUGAAAUGGCGAGAAGCUUCGAUAUUUGGUGGGCUCCUUGGGCAUCACACUGACUGGAUAGUCCCUGGGGCUUUAUGGGCCAUUGUUCCACAGCAAUACCGCACCAUUCGCUCAGCUGCAAUGCUAGUACUUAUUUGCUUUUGUAUGGAAAACCCACCGGUUCAGUCAUCGGAAACCUGCUAA